GCUGAGGUGGCGGUGUGCGGGGACCUGGUGCGGUGGCUGCGGUAGCUGCGGAGCUGACGAGAAACUACUCAAGUUCCUGUGGACGCAAAGUAGAAUUUCAUAAGAACAUAAUGGAUGGAGAAGAGAAAACCUAUGGUGGCUAUGAGGGCCCUGAUGCCAUGUAUGUCAAAUUGAUAUCUUCAGAUGGUCAUGAGUUUAUUGUAAAGAGAGAACAUGCGCUAACAUCAGGAACAAUAAAAGCCAUGUUGAGUGGCCCAGGUCAGUUUGCGGAGAAUGAAACUAAUGAAGUCAAUUUUAGAGAGAUCCGUUCACACGUGCUAUCGAAAGUAUGCAUGUGUUUUACCUACAAGGUUCACUACACUAACAGCCCCACAGAGAUUCCUGAAUUCCCAAUUGCACCUGAAAUUGCACUGGAACUGCUGAUGGCUGCGAACUUCCUAGAUUGUUAAAUAAAGUAAAUUAUAAUAAUAAAAAAAAAA